AUGCUUACAAUUCAGUAUCAGCCUCAAGCUGUAUUUAAAGUUCGCACUGUCAGUCGGUGUACUGCGUCACUUACAGGUCAUACCGAAUCUAUUUUGUCAGUAUGCUUUAGCCCCGACGGGAAAUUAUUGGCUAGUGGGUCAGGCGAUACCACGGUUAGAAUUUGGGAUCUCAAUACUGAAACUCCACAAUACACUUUAACUGGCCACACAAACUGGGUACAAAUUGUUUCUUGGUCACCCGACUGUGAAUUUCUUGCAUCUGGAAGCAUGGAUUCAACAAUUCGUUUGUGGAACCCUAAAACUGGAAAAGCUUAUGGCGAUGCUCUUCGAGCACAUAGCAGCUGUAUCACUAGUAUUAGCUGGGAGCCAAUGCAUCUCAACAAGGCUUGCAAUCGAUUUGCAAGUGCAGCAAAGGAUAAUACUGUGAGGAUCUGGGAUGCUACGCAGCGACGUGUUAUCAUAUCUCUUGCACAGCAUACGGCUCCAGUCAUGUGUGUCAAGUGGGGCGGUAAUGGAUACUUGUACUCGGGAUCUCGGGACAAAACUAUCCGUGUCUGGGAUAGCAAUACAGGAAAACUGUUGAAUGUACUCGAAGGACACGCUCAUUGGGUUAAUCAUCUUGCUUUAUCUACCGACUUUAUCCUACGAACAGGUCCCUACGGUCAUACUGAUCCAUUGGCAGGUGGAGUAGAGCGCCUUGCAUCGGGCUCGGACGAUUUUACCAUAUUUUUAUGGGAGCCUAUUAGGAGCAAAAAGCCUGUAGCGCGUAUGACUGGGCAUCAGCAGUUGGUGAAUCAUUUGAGCUUUUCACCUGAUGGUCGUAUUCUUGCUAGUGCAAGUUUUGACAAGAGCGUCAAGUUGUGGGAUGCUGCUACUGGAAAGUUUAUUACAUCGCUACGAGGACAUGUAUCUCCUGUAUAUCAGGUCUGCUGGUCAUCUGAUUCUCGCCAGGUUUUAUCAGGAAGUCGUGACACUACGCUCAAAGUGUGGGAUAUUAAAACCAAAAAAAUGAAGGCUGAACUUCCUGGGCACGCCGAUGAAGUUUUUUCGGUAGACUGGAGUCCAAGUGGAGAUCGCGUUGCCAGUGGUGGAAGAGAUCGUAUUCUUAAAAUGUAA